AUGGCUGUGGUGGAGGAAGAGUCAAACAGAUUGAGUGCACUUGCUACACCUUUAACCUGUUCUGGUCAGCUGUGCUUUUCCACAGGCCUCUCACCUGCAUCUGAAGCGCCUCAGAGGAAACUACAUCAGGAGCUUGAAGGCUUGCCUUGUGUGAAGAUAGUUACAGAUGACAUCUUCAUUAUAGGAGAAGGGCUCCCACAGAGUCCUUUGGCAAGAGUGGCAGCUGCUACAGGAGUUAUUCCAGCCAUCAAAGAGGUUUAUCAGUCCUUAACAGUGACACCAAGAAUACAGCAUUGCUUGAGGUUGGUUAGUAAUCAUCUAGCAACGUUUCCUGGAUUAUUUGAUUGUGCUGAACCAAAAAUGCCUCAUUUGACAGACUGUUCUUACUCCCAGGUCCAGACUCACUUGGAAAAUCCAACAAGGUAUCACAUUCAGCAGACUCAAAGGCAUCAAGUGAAGCAGUUCCUGACCCUGGAUACCAAGCUGUCCAGCCAAACUUUGUCACUUUCUCAUUCCCAUUCCAUCCAUUCUUCUGCAGCUGCACCCAUAUUAAGGAGUGGGCAUAUGCCACCUACCAGUGAUAUAAGCACCUCUGGAAGUCCAGUGACCAAACUGCUGACACUUGGAGGAGAACAUGAAAAUGCGAUGGAGGAAGUUAUUGAUGACAUAAUCAACAUGGAAUCUAGAUUUAAUGAUGAAGGGAUAGGUUGCUCUGAGACACCACUACUCAUGCAAAGAACUGUAAUUGAAAGAAGAAGAAGGUACAACAUUAAUUACCGGAUCAAGGAGCUUGGCACGCUUAUCCCAAAGUCUAAUGAUCCUGAUAUGCGCUGGAACAAAGGAACUAUUUUAAAAGCAUCAGUGGAGUAUAUCAAGUGGUUACAAAAAGAACAACAAAGAGCCAGAGAAUUAGAACACAGACAGAAGAAAUUAGAGCAGGCUAACAGGCGACUUUUGCUUCGAAUUCAGGAACUAGAAAUACAAGCACGAGCCCAUGGCCUCCCUCUUAUGUCUUCAGUUGGCACUGUAGACUUAGCAUCCCAUGUCAUGAAGCAACCUGCAUAUCCAGAAGAAAAUUCAAUAGACUAUUCUCGACAUCUUGCAGUGGUCCAGGAACAACACUCUGACCUUGGUGAUACAACUGCAGCCUUUUCUGAUCCACUCUCCCACUUUACAGAUCUAUCUUUUAGUGCAGCUUUAAAAGAACAAAGGUUAGAUGAAAUAUUACUGGAUGAUACAAUAUCACCUUUUGGGACAGAUCCACUUUUAUCUUCAGCAUCUCCUGCUGUUUCCAAAGGUAGCAGCCAAAGAAGCAGUUUUAGUUCAGAUGAUGGAGACGAUGUAUAA